AUGGAUAUUGAGGCUUGUGGUCGAUUCAUUCUCACGUUUGGCUUCACUCCAGAGUGCAGGGAUUAUGAACCCAUAGAAGGGGAGAGUGCAGCUAGCAUGAAGCAGCCCAAACAAGAAGAUGAAACCACUAUCAAAGAGAAUUAUUUGAUGUGUGGGAGACUCAGGCACUUGGCCAGGUUGAUGAGUGCUCAGCCUUGUUGCAGUUCAAGGAAAGCUUUGCAAUUAGUAACUCUGUUUCUGCAGAUCCUAUUGCUUAUCCGAAUGUUUCAUUUUGGACGCGAGAAGGAGAUGGGAAUCGGAGUAAUUGUUGUUCAUGGGAUGUUUGAGUGUGAUGAAGACUUUGGCCAUGUUGUUGACCUUGAUCUCCGUAGCGGCUGUCUCUACGGUUCUAUCAAUUCCAGCAACACUCUCUUCCGCCUUGUUCACUUGCAGAGGCUUGACCUCUCAGAUAAUCACUUCAAUUUCUCUCAAAUACCAUUAAGAUUUGGUCAUGAUCUUUCGAGUCUAACGUAUCUCAACCUUUCAAAUUCCUUGUUCUCUGGCCAAAUUCCAUCAGAAAUUUCAAAGCUAUCGAAGCUGUCUACCCUUGAUUUGUCUUUCAAUUAUCAGAAAGUUGAUGAUAGUAUCCCUCUGAAACUGACCAGUGCCAACAUGAGAAGCUUGGUUCAAAACUUGACCUCCAUAAAACAACUUCAUCUUAAUUGGGUAGAGAUGUACUCCACUGUGCCUGAUAUCUUGGUCAAUGCAUCUUCUCUCACAUCUCUCCGUCUUCACAAUUGUGGGUUGUAUGGGGAAUUCCCAGUUGGCAUUUUCCACCUACCAAACUUAGAGGUUCUUUAUGUGCGCUCUAACCCAGACCUAACAGGCUAUUUUCCCACCUUUAACAACAGCAAUGUUUUCAAGAAAUUGGAUGUUGCAAGCACGAAUUUCUUUGGCCAACUGCUAACUCCCUCAGAAACCUUCAUUCCUUGA